AUGUCAACAGAGACGACGCCACUGAGUAACGAGGGCACGAGUUUUCAUCAUCGCAUUGAGGAUGCGGUUAACAUGGUGUGGAACAACCAAUACUCCGAGGCGGAGAAAAUCCUUGCCCCCUACAAGGAAUUUCACCCACGUUACGCCCUUGAGUAUGCCAACAAGUAUCUUGUUCAAACACUCAUGAACUCCACGAAUGAGAGCAGGGAGGUGAUUCUUGGUUUGUUUAAGGUGGCAGAUUCGUUGGCUUCAACCGCAAAGUAUACAGAGCCGAUGUUUGACUUUGACGACGAAAUGGAUGAGCUGGAUGGGCCUGGGGCGUCCAUGAGCCUGCCUAGCAAGGCAGAGCGUAAAAGUUGCAAAAAAAGCUUUAAUGAUCGUAGAAAGGCGGCCGAAAAGGCUGGCCAAGCCUUCGUCGAUGUUUGGAAGUUGGAGUGUGAAGUGAUUUAUGCGGAUGCCUUGUUGAUGCGUUCUGUGUGCCAGCUGAUGAUGAAUUCCUACUUAAAGGGUGGCAUUAAUUUGCGCCGAACAUGGGGCAUUUAUCAUAAAUUAAUUAAUGUUGUUGCGGCGGACAAAACCAAUCAAAUUCCUGACGAACUGAAGAUGUGCGUGAAGUACGGCACCGGAACGUUUUACGCGUUUCUCGCCCUCGUACCGGCCAAUUUGAUGCGGCUGCUUAACGUGAUUGGCUUUAUCUCCGACAGGGAGCUUGGCGAGCAGUACCUGACGGAGGUGUUUGAGAGCAACGGGGUGCGUGCUCCGUUUGCGGCGCUGGUCUUGUGUACGUUGUACCUUUUCCUUCCAACUGGUAUUGGCCGCGUAGAGGAGACGCUUGCCAAAGCUAAGCGUAUCUUGGAUGUAAUGAAUCAAAAAUACGAGCAAAACACAUAUUUCAACGGCUACUCCAACUUUUAUCACAGGAAACGUGGUGAGACGGCGGAGGCUUUGGCUGCUAUUCAGCGGGCCGAAGCAAAUGCUGAAAGGGCCGGAAUGGUGCCAAUUUUGAUCCGUUAUUUACAUGCCGACACACUUUUUAUGGAUCUUCGCUUCGCAGAGGCGAAGGAAUGCUACGCGGCGGUGCUUAGCCACCUCGCCAAAACGAAGGAGAGCUUUGCGUACACGGGACAAGUGGUUUUGUCACUUGCUGCUUGCUUUGUUAUGCUGGGAGAGGAUGCGCAGGCACUGCAAUGGUUGAAAAAGGUCGGGUCCAUGUAUAACCCCAGGUCAAAGAAUGACGCCAACUCUCCGAAGUUUGCGUCCCGCGUGCUAGCAAACCCCCGUUUACUACCGCUUUGCGGCGUAUACAUGCUCUACAUCAAUCGCGAUCUUGCGCAUAUGAAGGUUGAACAGGCGGAGCGUGUCCUGCAGGAGCUGCGGCGAGUGACGACGGGAAAAGAUUUGAGUGGCCCCGAGGCAGAGAAUAUGUUUACCCUGUUUGUGGGAGUCAUCCACAAGGGGUGCGACCGUGUUGAUGCGGCCUUAGAGGACAUGAGUAAAAUAUUUGCAAAUGAAAAGCGUGUGCCAAGUGACUCGAUGGUCUUGCCAUACGCCUACUAUGAAACAGGCGAGUUGGAGUACCGUCGCGGAAAUUUUGAGAGGGCAAAGGCCCUCUUCACAAAGGGGCAGUCGCUCAGGGGAGACGGCAACGAAACCUUGGCGAACCGGUACAGCAUUGCUCUGAAACAGCUGAAACGCACAAUGGAUGAGAAGCGAAAGCUGUAUUAG